AUGCCGGGCAAAACACCCUCACGCAGCGGGAAGGACCCCCUCGAGAACGGCGUCCGCAACAACAAGGACACCGAGUCAAAGGACGCCAAGAGCAGGGGCAAGAAGGCAGCGAAGGAUGGUGACGAGGAGAUGACAGUUGUCGUUCCUCCCUCCAAGAAGGCGCCCGCUGUUCCGGCAGACGCCGAUGGCGACAUAUCGAUGGGCGAUGAGGACAAGGCGGAUGACGCAGAGGUCAAGGUCGACCCUGUGGUGCAGGCUGUGGCAGACAUCAAGAGCAAUUUCGCUCUGCUGGACCGCGCAGUUGCCCUCUUCGACGCCAGAUUCUCCCUCCGGGCCUUGCGCUCCAUUUCCACCAUCCGCAAGCGCCUGACCCCCGAUAUCAUUGCCCAGGCCAUCGUUGAGACCUUCCCCGCAACCGUUACCUCUGGUAAUGUUGCCAAGCAGCUUCUGAUCGCUAUUGGCCGCGAGAAUGUGCCCCUCGGCAAGUCAAGCGGACACGAGAUGGAGGUCGACAGCGAGUCCACCAAGGCGAAGAGCGCCCCGAAGAAAGAGGCCAAAGAGAUCAUUCCGGAGAUUGACAUCUUCCUUGGCAUUUUGAUUCAGGUCCACCUCUACGACUCGAAGCAGUACCAGCGCGGAGCCGACUUCUCUAAGCAGCUCACCGACCGCAUCCACACGCUCAACCGCCGCACAUUAGACUCCCUCUCUGCCAAGGUCUACUUCUACUACUCAAUGUUUUGCGAGAACCUCACCCCGCAGCCUCCCUCUCCCCAGUCCCCGGUUGUCGCCAUCCGUCCCACUCUGCUGGCCGCUCUGCGCACUGCCGUCCUCCGCAAGGACAUCGACACGCAGGCUUCGGUCAUUGUGCUCCUGCUUCGCAGCUACCUGCUGACGUCUCAUAUUGCGCAAGCUGACUUGCUUGUCUCGCACACCCAGUUCCCCGAGAACGCCGCGAAUAACCAGGUCGCCCGCUUCCUGUACUACCUCGGACGCAUCCGCGCCAUUCAGCUUAGAUACACCGAGGCACACGAGCACCUUACAGCUGCGACAAGAAAGGCGCCCUCCAGCGCCUGCGCAGUGGGCUUCUCUCAGACGGCUACUAAGCUUCUGUUGGUCGUUGAGCUUCUGAUGGGUGAUAUCCCUGAGCGAACCACCUUCCGCCAACCUACCCUCGAGCUCUCGCUGCACCCUUACUUCCUCCUUGUUCAGGCCGUCCGGGUGGGCAAAGUCCAAAACUUCGAGACCAUCAUCGCGGAUCACGCCGAUACCUUCCGGCGGGACGGUACCUACAGUCUUAUUCUGCGUCUGCGCCAGAACGUCAUCAAGACUGGCAUCCGCAUGAUGUCUCUAUCAUACUCUCGCAUCUCCCUUCGUGAUAUAUGUAUCCGUCUCGAUCUUGGUAGUGAAGAGUCGGCAGAGUACAUCGUCGCCAAGGCCAUCCGUGACGGAGUCAUCGAGGCUACCCUCGACCGCGAGCAUGGUUACAUGAAGAGCAAGGAGGUCGGCGAUGUCUAUGCUACGCGGGAACCUGGCGAAGCUUUUCACGACAGAAUCCGCGCGUGCUUGGCCCUGCAUGAUGAGAGUGUCAAGGCUAUGCGUUUCCCGAUGAACCAGCACCGUCUCGAACUGAAGAACGCCCAGGAGGCCCGUGAGCGCGAGCGUGAGAUGGCUAAGGAGAUACAGGAGGGAGAUUUGGACGAGGACGACCUCGGUGGUGACUUUGAUGGAAUGUAA